CAUCUCAUUAUCGACCCAGAGCUCGUAGUUUGAAGCUACACCACACUUCCUGUAUCAGGUUUAUCCUUUGCCUUUAAUAUUUAACAGAAAAACUCGCAAAUAAUCCAUCUCCCUAUUUUCAGUGGCUCUGGUGAUCCCAUUGGCUGCCACAUAACAUUAUAUCCCCAGAUUUAUUCACUGACACUACACUUACACCUUCUCCCACUUGUGGGUUAGACUCACACUUGGCUUCUGCUCUCAGAACUCGCAGCUAACUCUUUUAGAGGUUGAUAACUGAGUUCAUUUUCUCAAAAAGAAGGCUGAUUGUUGUACAUCAUGGCACCUAAGGCAUUAGACUAUGAAUCGUUAAAUGAAAAAGUGAAGAAGGUUCAGUAUGCUGUUAGAGGUGAGCUGUAUCUUCGAGCUUCUGAGCUUCAGAAGGAAGGGAAGAAGAUUAUUUUCACAAAUGUUGGCAAUCCUCAUGCUCUAGGACAGAAGCCACUCACUUUUCCUCGUCAGGUGGUUGCUCUCUGCCAAGCUCCAUUUCUACUUGAUGAUCCUAAUGUUGGACUCCUAUUCCCUGCGGAUGCAAUUGCAAGAGCUAAACAUUAUCUUUCAUUGGCUCCCGGUGGUCUAGGUGCUUAUAGUGACUCUCGAGGUAUCCCAGGAAUUAGGAAGGAGGUUGCAGAGUUCAUUGGAAGGCGUGAUGGAUAUCCAAGUGAUCCAGAACUCAUAUUUCUCACUGAUGGAGCAAGUAAGGGUGUCAUGCAGAUCUUGAAUACAAUAAUUCGUGAUGAAGGUGAUGGGAUUUUGGUUCCAGUUCCACAGUACCCACUUUACUCUGCUACGAUAUCUCUGCUUGGUGGUUCCCUUGUACCAUAUUACCUAGAAGAGACAGCAAAUUGGGGUCUUGAUGUUAAUGACCUGCGCCAUGCAGUUUUCCAAGCUCGCUCUAAAGGAAUAACUGUAAGAGCAAUGGUGAUUAUUAACCCAGGGAACCCAACUGGUCAGUGUCUUAGUGAAGCAAAUUUAAGAGAAAUAUUGCACUUCUGUUACCGAGAAAACUUGGUCCUUCUUGGAGAUGAAGUUUAUCAGCAGAACAUUUAUCAGGAUGAACGACCUUUUAUUAGUGCUAGAAAGGUUUUGAUGGACAUGGGGCCACCAUUGAGCAAGGAAAUCCAACUCGUUUCAUUCCACACUGUGUCCAAAGGAUAUUGGGGUGAAUGCGGCCAGCGGGGUGGAUACUUCGAGAUGACCAACAUUCCUCCAGAGUCAGUGGAUGAGAUAUAUAAGAUUGCAUCCAUAUCGCUCAGUCCUAAUGUCCCUGCACAGAUAUUUAUGGGGUUGAUGGUCAGCCCUCCUAAACCUGGAGAUAUUUCAUACGAACAGUUUAUUAGGGAGAGCAAAGGAAUCCUUGAAUCACUGAGGAGAAGAGCAAGGAUUAUGACAGAUGGAUUCAACAGCUGCAGAAAUGUGGUUUGCAAUUUCACAGAAGGUGCCAUGUAUUCUUUUCCUCAAAUACGGUUGCCACCUAAAGCAAUAGAGGCUGCCAAAAGGGCUGGAAAAGUUCCUGAUGUUUUCUACUGUCUCAAGCUAUUGGAAGCCACUGGCAUUUCCACUGUUCCUGGUUCAGGAUUUGGACAAAAAGAAGGGGUCUUUCACUUAAGAACAACCAUUUUACCAGCUGAGGAAGACAUGCCAGCAAUCAUGGCCAGUUUCAAGAAGUUCAAUGAUGAGUUCAUGGAGGAAUACGAAGACCAUAGGGGUUAUUCAAGAAUGUGAGCAAUGUUUCAAAUUCCAUAAAAUUGUAUCAUAUUUCUUAGCUAUUUCUCACCAUUUGAUAAAUUCUCUUGAAUUCUCUCUAUUUGGCCAUAAACUUACUUCUGUUGAAGAUCAUCACAAUAUCAAUUCUCUGUUCGAAUCUUCUGUUUCA